AUGUGUACGAUGCUUUUGCAGCUAAUCUGACAAACAUACGCACAUGCAGGACUCGUUCCGGGAUCGACUCGAGAGAUACCCCGACUCAGAUCCCAAACCAGUCCCACGCAAUCCCCCCGCCUCUGUCCACAGACACACAAAGCGAUACUCAGACUCGAUGCUCCUCAAUGUAACCAAGCCCACCGCCACCAUCAUCCAUCAAGGUACCUCGUUCGAGAUUCUCAACCCCCAUGAAUCACUCCACUUCGCUCGCAUCGUCUCGUACAUCGAAGACGUCGACAGCUUCUCCACAGGCCACAACAGAGACUCCUACAUCUCAUUCACCGAAGACACCGUGAUCAUCGAAUCGGACCCAUGGUCCUACGACCCCCCGCCGCAAGCCCGCGUCCAAACCAACACGGAAGAAGCCCUCGAAGAAGAGAACCGAAAGUCCCAACUAGAUAUCGGCGACACCCAAGGCCUCCACCACCACCUCAUGCCCUCCAUCAACGAGCUCCUCGAAGAAACAGCCCUCAACAACAUGACCCGCCACCUCCCCAGACCAUGCACCAGCCCAACCAACGAAAGCGAUCUCGGCGAGCCCGGAGACCCCAUCUACGACGACAACAACAACAACCACCCCAUGAUGGCCCAGGACGCCCUCUGGCAAUUCGACAUCGGCAUCGACCCAGCCACCAAGCCCCCCUCCAACGAACAGACCAUGACUCCACGAACCGAGAUCAAACUCCACCGUCGUCCCACCCGGCGGUCCACCGCCAGUCGCAAGCGCAGGGGUCCCUUGCGGAGACUCUACGGGUUGUUUCGCAGGAAGGCCGCGAAGUAGGUUUUGUUGUUUUGUUCUUGCUGUCCGUGCGGUUAUGACUCCGUUGAUGAUGAUGUUAUAAAGCGUUUGCUGUGAGCGGUCUUUUAACCUUGCGCUUUUUCGUGCUUCUGGAAAGCACGGCUUUUGUUCGCUUUUGCUCUCUGACGAUCGUUUGUUUCUUUCUUGCUGUUUGUUUUUUUUUUUUUCU